AUGGAGUCCAUUGUCACACUUCUAUUACUUUCGCCAGUCCUUGCGGCUGGUUCUCUUCAUCCACGCAUCGACAAUGGCCUGGCUAAGACGCCACAAAUGGGGUGGAACACGUACAACCACUACUCAUGCUCGCCUAAUGAAGCCAUAGUACGCUCCAACGCCAAAGCGCUCGUUGAUCUAGGACUCUCCGCACUAGGCUACCGCUAUGUCACCACCGACUGUGGCUGGUCAGUAGCCGAUCGGCUACCGAAUGGCACCUUGACCUGGAACGAGACCUUGUUUCCGAGCGGGUUUCCCGCCAUGGGAAGGUAUCUUCAUGGAUUGGGGCUGCUGUUCGGUGUUUACGAGGACUCGGGAAUCAAGAUGUGUGGGACAGACCAUGCUGGCAGCUUGUACCACGAAGGACAGGAUGCGCAGACGUUCGCCGAAUGGGGGGCGGAUGCGUUAAAGUAUGACAACUGCUACUCGGACAACGCCACCAACUACCCCAAUGUCAACUACGAGCCCAGCACGUCUCCUAGUUCCCGCUAUCAGAUAAUGUCGUCUGCCCUCUCCCGUGUCGGCCGACCAAUCCUCUUCCAAAUCUGCGAAUGGGGUAUCGACUUUCCUGCUCUUUGGGCCCCUGCGCUUGGGAACUCCUGGCGCAUCGGCAACGACAUCAUCCCCGCGUGGCGAACCAUCUUUCGCACGCUGAACCAGGCCGUUCCCAACACGGAUUUUGCUGGACCCGGUCACUGGCCAGAUCUGGAUAUGUUGUUUGUGGGUAACGGGGUGUUUUCGGUGCCGGAGGAGCAGACGCACUUCUCCCUGUGGGCGAUUCUGAAAAGUCCAUUGACUAUUGGGGCGGCGUUGAAGGAUGAUGUCACUAGUAUCAACCAGGCAUCGUUGGAGGUGCUGAAGCAGAAGGAUGUCAUUGGGUUUAACCAGGAUUCGCUGGGGGUGAGUGCGAGUCUGAAGCGGAGGUGGUCGGACGAAGGGUACGAGGUGUGGAGUGGACCACUGUCGGGCAACAGGACCGUGGUAGCGGUCAUCAAUUGGCGAAAUGAGUCGAGGGAUCUCACGCUCGAUCUGCCUGAUGUUGGUCUGCAGUAUGCACAAGUUGUCAGAAAUAUAUGGGGCAACACCGUGGUUCGUGAUGUGCGAACAUCGUACACUGCGAGUGUGGCAGGACAUGGAACGAUGCUUCUGGAGUUGCAGGGUACCGUCCAAUCGGGGUCAUAUCCAGCCAAUAUCUUCGCGAACUCUACAGGCAGUCAAAAAACCACUUUCCAGUCAGUCUAUGCAGCUACUACCAGCGCAAACUACACGCUGGCCAUCAGCUUUUCGCGAUCAUCCACCGAAACCGUCACCAUCACGACCUCUUCCGGCCAGACUGUCUCGACCUCUGGCAAAUCGACGCGAAUCGCCCUGACGGCUGGAUCGAACACCAUCACCAUCCAGCACACGACCCCUAUUGAGUCGAUCCAGAUUACCCCACCGACCGGCACCUACUACGCCAACACCGUCUUUAACGUUACCGGCAGCGCCCAGCACACCACCUGCGGGUCCGGCUGCAGCCCCGUUGGCUCAAAAAUCGGCUACCUCAGUCCCAAUAGCAACGCCUACACAUCGAUUCCAGCGACCACCCCGGGGUCCAAGUACCUCGCGAUCGACUACAUCAACAAUGAUGUCGCCUUCUCGUCAUCUUGGGGCUGGGGAUCCAACUCGCGCAAUCUGACCGUCAGCAUCAACGACGGAGCGCCAGUGCGACUGGAGGUCCCGUUGAGCGGACGGCAUAGCGAGCUGUACUCGCCUGGCAAGGGCUGGUGGGAUACAGCGACGCUCGGGGUUCUGACCUCUGGAUGGAAGAAGGGGCAGAAUAAGGUGGUGUUCGGGAAUGAGGGUGGACAGAAUGGUUUUCAAACUUAUGCGGCGGAUUUUGUGGGCGUCAGAGUUUGGGAUUAG